GAAUCCGCAUGCGCCAGAACCUCCUUGGGUUACCCGUAUGGAACCGUUCUAGAGGGCUGGUACCUGUAUUUCGAACAGCGUUGGGCGCCGGGGAGGAGGCGCAUGCGUCGUUCUGCUGGCGAGGGGUAGGGCAGAGUGGCGAUACGUUUUUCUGAGCUGUGAGACAGUCGAAGUGGAAGGUACUCGCGCGGUCUUGAGGCGGGUUUUUGGUUGGGGAACGUUUGCGAGGCUAGUAGGGGGGUUUUGUGGGCCGGGGCUGCCUGUUGUGUGGCCUAAAGGUGGUGAGUGGAACGGCUGGGCUGUUCCUGGCCGGUUGCUGUUAUGCCGAGCUGGCUUCCGUCCUCUUGGGGUAGGCCUGUUUCAUUUUAGGAGAGUUACUGGAGAAGCGGGUGAUGAAGUCAAGAAGAGAGGCAGGAACGAAGAAGCAUAUUAUUUUACGUUAGCUUGGGAGUGCGGCCUCUCUACGAACCAUGAGCCCAACUGAUGCCAAACGCGGAGGAGCCAAGCGCAGGAAGAACAAAAGGGGGGGUGGCCUAGGCCCAUCAGACCUCGCCAACAGCCUGGAAGUCAAGCCCGUCGAGUCCGCUUCGUCAGCCGCCAUUCCCUCCUCCUCGGCAUCCACUUCCUCUGUGGCCUUCUCUUUACAAGCGUCAGCUGCCUCUUCCUCUCCUAGUACCGGUAGCGAUCUUCUAGCAACUGCUUCAGCUGUGCCCUUAAUUUACAGUGAAAGUUUGGGGAAGCCUGAAGUCCAAAAAAAGAGGUGUGGAGGAACAGUCAAUUCUAGGCAAACUCGCAAGCGAGGUCGAACAAGUGUUUCAUCUGUGGAAGUACCUUCACAAGUUGAGCCAAUUGACCUUGAAGAAAGCGCUUGUGAAGAAGUAGUAGACCUCACCUGUGAAUCUGCAGAUCCAGUAGUAGUUGAUCUUACACACAAUGAUUCAGUUGUGGUUGUUGAAGAGCAUGUGCGGCGGCAACAAAAUAGAAAAUUAAGAAGCCAGCAGCUUCAUGACAGCUGUGUAUUAAGUAGUGAUGAUGAUGAACCGAGAGAUGAUGUUGUGUUGACUAGUACGUUGUCAAGAGAACUGGAAUUACUGGAAGGUGGAGUUGCAAGCUCAAGGCGUUCCGGUACUGUGAGCUGCCCAAUUUGCAUGGAUGGCUACUCAGAAAUUGUACAGAGUGGACGGCUAAUUGUCUCAACAAAGUGCGGUCACGUCUUCUGCAGCCAGUGUCUCCGUGAUGCUCUAAAGAAUGCCAACUCUUGUCCAACUUGUAGGAAGAAACUUGGUUGUAAGCAAUAUCAUCCAAUCUAUAUAUGAAGUUUUAGAUUAUUCUCAGAAGAAUUCAAAUUGGAAUUCUGAGGCACAUUUCAUAUGUUUUUAUACUUCUGCAAACAAAUAAUUACAGGUUGUGCAUAUUGCCCAAACAUGGCUUUCUUUGAGCCUGCCCUGUUAUCUGAAUUUUGCUAUUGGCUUUACAGUUCAUCAGGUACCACAGAUGUUGAAGAACCGUAACAAAAGCAAUUCAAUAUUUCUGUACUGUUUUUAAAGAAUUUGAAUGAGAAUAUCCAUAGUACUUUAAAGAAAGAGGGAUAAGUGUGGAUGUAUUCAUGCAAUACUUCAGAAAUAAACAAAUAGAAAAUCUGCUACUUAAUUAUACAUCAGUCUGUAAGAAUCGGAUGAGAUCACCAUCUGUUAUUCCAUGGCAAGUUUCCCUUCACAUGGAUGUUUCUAAAUUUCCAAGACUAGACUUCAUAGCCAUACUUCAGCUCUCUUUUAUUGCAAAUAUGUAACUGCUUUAUUGAAGAUAUGCUUUGAUAUUCUGAGUUUGCAUUCUGUUGGAAUUGACAUGGAAGACAGAUUAUAUUUGUAAGAAAUACUCAAUUUCCUUCAGCUGUAGUCAUUUGUAGACUAAUCUUGUAUGUUUCCACCAAACUUAAAGACUUUCUGCUCAGUGUGUGUGUGUACAACUUGAGCUAUAAUAACUAGUUUAUUUCACCCUGGUAAAAUGCUUUGAGAAAAGUAAUUAACUAACAAGAAUAGGAUGUGUGCUUACCUAAACAAGCCUUAAGAAGUCUGUUCUGUAACAUCAAAGGUUUAAUUCAGUAGCUGGAGAAAUACAUGCUAGUUUGUCUUCUUGCAGGUUUAAUAUUGGUUUAAAUGCCCUGGGAAAGCUGCUGAGUGUCCUGAAAGAUUCCUCAAAUGUAACUUAAGAAUUGCAGUUUUGAAGAUUGGUACCACAAUGGAACCUCAGCUUCAUAAAGAUUGUUUUUUCUCCCAAAUGGAUAGGCUCUGCUUACUAAUGUAUUUACUAUUUAUCUUCCAGAAACAAAAAGUGCUUCAGUAAGCAGCUCGCUGUAAUUUCAUCUUUAUAGCCUGAAUGUGAUUAUAUUGCUGCUAUAUAUAGGCCCCAGAACAUGGGAAAAGAUACUCAAAUAAGAAAAUCCAUCUAUUUACAAAAAGCACUCAUGACUGUGAGCAUCAUGCAGAAGCCAGUUAAUGUAUGAGGAAUUAGUGGGAUAAAGUAAAACUAGUCUUUUUGCUACUGCACUCAUGAGGAAAAUGUAUUUCCAUUCAAUUCAACUUUCAGUUGAUUAAUAAAGCUGAAAGGGGACCACACAUUGAAGCUGCCACUAUGCACUGUGGUGUUAGAAUAGAGAAUUCAGUUCUGCUAACCGGCAGUUAAGGGUAGAGAUACAAAGUGUUCCCCAAAGUAGGGUUUUUUAAAAUCAGUUGUGUUGAAGGCUGCUAUGACCAACACAGGACAGUUUUAUGAAUUAAGAUGUUUGUUUAAAAGAUGAGUGCAUCAAACAGCUGUAUAUAGUAGAAUACCUAGCCAUAAAUCUAACUUGGCAAAAAUUUCAUUUGCUAACAUCCACUUCUCAAGUUUAGAAAGUAAGAUAAUUUCUACAUAGUGUGGCUAUACUGUCCAGUAAUGUUCUAAAUCAAAUUUGAAGGCAGGUUUUUGUCUUCCUUAUGGAUUGGGACAUUAGGUGUCACCCAGUCAGAAUAGCUAGUGAUACUUAUACCAUUAGAGAGCUUAUAUAUGACAGGAUCCACUAUUACUGCAGAAUAUAAUCCCAAAGUUGACCCAUCAAAUCUUCAACCUCAGUCAUUGUUACAGAAUGUGGUGGAAUUAAUUUAUUCGUUUUCAAUUUUAUUAUUAAGGAUAUUGUACGUCAAACCUCAAAUUUGUAGCAGGACAUCCCAACAAAAGCAUUAAAUGCUAGAGGACUGCAAUGAUCAUAUAUCUGUUCACUUAAUUCUAAACAUUCUUAAGACUAUUUCUUGCUGAAAUUUUGCUGAUGGAAAGGAGAGGGCAAUCUUACCUGAUUCUCUUACUCACUUCAGACCCCUAGCAGUCUUGGCUUUUUGCCCAUGAGGGUCCUAUGACCCCCCCCCCCCACACACACACACACACCUCCUGAGUAUCAGCUUUUGGGAACUGGACAGUGCUGUGAGGGGGAAACAAGGAUUGAGUCACUUCUGCUGUAAGAAAGAUGACAGAUCCUGUCUUUUUAUAAUACUUUGUCUAUCAUAGCAGCACUUAAAAUGAAGCAUAAUUGCUUCUGAUAUGUGCUUUUUUGCUUUAAAUAAAAACUUUUCACCUGUUAAGAUUAACUAGAGCUUGUAUAUCCAGUGUAUUUUCUUGUCCUAGCUUUCUAAUAGUUCUCUAAUAGUUCUAAUAUUUCUUUCCUCGGGAUUAUACUGUGUUUUUCAUAACAUUCAUAUAUUAAUAAUCACACUUGAAUCGCAUGAUUUAAUAUGUGGUUAUCUCACCCAGUGAUUUUUUUUAAAACAGCUUUAUGAUAUCUAAGGGCAAGGGUUUACGAUAAAAGAACAGGCUCCAAAGGCUUUAUCUUUUUAACGGUUGAUUUUACUGAUUUGGGAAUGUGCGUUUAAAGGGUUUGAUUGCCAGUUGGUCAUACAUUAUUUUAAGGUAACAUUGAUGCAGUAUAAUUUGAGUAGAUUGUGUAUGUCAUCAGUUGCCUGUUUUAAAAACAAAAAAAAAGUAUAUUUGAAAAUAAAGGGCCCAUUAAAGUA